AUGCACAGCUUCCUUCAGCUUACGAUGACAUUGUUUGCUGCACAGCGUGGCGCUUUGUGCUUGGCAAAUGAGAAGCCGAUCAGGAGGCUCAUCCUGGAUGCGGACAAAGGUGCCACGACCAAGGCACAAGACGAGCCCAAGCCGCCUGCUGCCCCGGACACCACAUUGGCUCCGAUCCCAGCUGAAGCGACGGCUAAGGAAGAGGCCUUGGCACCUCGAGUGGUCCCCGAGCUCGAAAGCCUGCGGCAGAAAGCUCAGGAGGCGCUGCUGAACGGCGCGCAGACCGGAGAGCUCUGGAACCUGCUCCAGCGCUUUGCUGCGAAGGGCACCGAGCAGAAAGCCUCGGCGUCGGCCGCACUUUGCCAGGCGGCACAGUCGGGAGAACUCGUCGAAGCACUGCGGAAAUGUGGAACUGCGCAGGCGGCGGUGGCCUCCGCGGAGUUCGACCGCGUUCGGCAGCAUGCGGUCGAGUCCCUGGUGGUCGCCGCCGAGUCGGGAAGGCUCCUCGAGGCCUUGCAUGAGCGGAAGAUCCACGAGGAGGAGAGGGAGCGAGCGGGAGCGCUGCUCCAGGAGGCCCGGGAGCAGGUGUCCCAGGCUGCAGACUCGGGCGACCUCGCGGCGGCACUGGCGGCAAGCCAGAGCCAGAUGGUUGCCGCAGGCCAGGACCUGGAGCAGCUGCGCGAAGUAGCGCGGGAGGCGUUGCUCAUGGCCGCAGAGUCUGGCGAGCUGGCUGAGGUGCUUGCCGAAGCCACUGGUACGAAGCCAGCCACGGAUGACGUGCUGCGGACAGCCGCGAGGGAUGCACUGCUGCGAGGUGCCCAGUCGGGACAGCUGCUCGCAGAGCUGCGCCGAGGCAAGACGCGGAGUCUCCCAGGCUCACCUUUGAGCCGGCCUCCUCAAGGCUCCACUCCGGCAAGCACCGUCAUCGACGAGAUGUCCGAGGCAGCAAGCGAUGUGCAGCGGAAGGCAACCCUGCACACCUCGGUCGCGGCACGUCUCGUGCAGGAGAUGACGGACUUGGCUGCCGAGCUCGGCCAAGGGAGUGUGGUGGAGCAGAACACGGCGAUCAAGGCGAAGAUCGCCGAGCUGAAGCGACAGUACGACAAGUUGCUACAGGAGCGUGACGAGCUGAAGAGCCGAAUGAGACGUUAA